CUGGUCUCCACGCCGCCGGUUAUUAGCUGCUCGUUCUGAGGUUUGGAGUUCGUCGUUGUCUGAGAAGAUGUCUGGUCGCGGGAAAGGUGGCAAAGGGCUGGGGAAGGGAGGCGCCAAGCGGCACCGGAAAGUCCUCCGGGAUAACAUCCAGGGCAUCACGAAGCCAGCCAUCCGCCGGCUCGCCCGCCGAGGUGGUGUCAAGCGCAUUUCUGGGCUCAUCUAUGAGGAGACCCGGGGAGUCCUGAAGGUCUUCCUGGAGAACGUGAUCCGCGACGCGGUGACUUACACUGAGCACGCCAAGCGCAAGACGGUGACCGCCAUGGACGUGGUGUACGCGCUGAAACGCCAGGGCCGCACCUUGUAUGGCUUCGGCGGCUGAGCAGUCUCUGCGGCUUCUUUUCGAAUUCAUAAAGGCCCUUUUAAGGGCCCCCAGAACGUCAAGGAAAGAGCCAACACUUUGUUUACCGUGUGAAUGGGACCUAGGUGCAGAUAAACGGGUCCGAGGAAGCUCUGUCCUGGCGGGUGGCUCUGGUCUGUGGGUGGCUCCGGUCUGUGGAUGGCGGGAUUGGGGCAUA